UUCCCUGUCUAGCGACGCUUGUUCUUUGCCUUCUUCUAUUUGUUGGCAGCUCUCUGUAGAUUCUGGAAGUCCCUGAUGGAGACCACGAAGAAGAAUGAAGCGCAGAGGAAAGCUACAAAGAAGUUCACGGCUGGCGUUCUUGGAGCGAACGCCAUGAUCGAAGGAGCUUCGAACUUCAUUGACAGCAUAGUCGAGAAAGGUAUAUCGGAAAACGGCUUCAACAAACCUCUCCGGCCGAUUCCGCCGCCCAGGCCCACCGUUAUCCCCUUUCCAGUCGCUCGCCACCGCGCGCAUGGGCCGUACUGGAAUGCUAUGACCAACAAGAAGGGAGGGAAUGAGAACAGUAGAAAUGAUGAUGGAAAGGAAGAAGAGUAGGAGGAUAUUGACCCUACUGAUUAUGAUCCAAUUUCGGCUUUUGCGAAUUCGGUAGAGAGGAAGGUGAAGAAGGGUUGGAAUGUUAGUCGUUGGAAAGAGCUUGCGCGUGAGAGUUCGUCGGAGGAGGGUAAGGUACACUGCGCGAAAAGAAGACCAAGACGUUGAAGAAGGAUGGAAAAGUAGGUGGCAAUGUUAAUAACAAGUCCUCUGUAGGUAAUGACGUUCUAAUGGAAGUGGACUUGGAGCCCGUUAUGAGUUCUUCGGUUCGCCAAACUGAAGUGGACGAGCCGAUGUAUGGUGAAGCUGAAUCCACUGCAGAGCAGCCUCGGACAGUGAAGACUACAAAUAAUGCGAUCUCUGAAAAGCUGAGGAAGCAGGAUCAAAGACCUUCAAGUGGAGCUCCUAGUUCCAUAUUCAAUGAUACUGGAGUUGCGCAAAGGUCUAUGUCGCUUGGGGGUGAGAUUGAUGUGGAGAAUCGUGCUCGGUUACAAAAUAUGUCAGCCGAAGAAGAGAUUGCAGAAGCACAGGCUGAGAUAAUGGAGAAGAUGAAUUCUUCACUGCUGAACUUACUGAAAAAGAGAGGUCAGCAGAAAUUGAAGCAGCAGAAUGUUUCUGAAUCAGAUGUGGCGCUAGAAAAACAACCUGCAAAUGGUCCAUCAAUCGAAGAUUCAAGUGCUCAUUCACGUGUAGCAAAUGAUGUUCCUAAUGUGAUAAAAUCAUGACCUGAAAAAUGAAAAUCCAGAAACACCUAGCAGCUGUACUUCAUGGAAUGCUUGGAGUGACAGAGUGGAGGCUGCUAGGGGAGUAAGAUUUUCUUUGGAGGGGAAUGUCAUCCCUGUAGAUUUUGAGACUGGUGCCAUACCCAAUGAUGCUGGGGGGGCUGAUUGUUUAACAGAACGUGACUACCUAAGAACAGAGGGGGACCCUGGAGCUGCUGGUUACUCGAUUAAAGAAGCCGUGCAAUUGACGAGAAGUGUGAUACCAGGACAACGUGGCCUUGCAUUGAAUCUCCUUGCAUCUGUGCUUAACAAGUAUGUGCCUCACACUCUUACGGUGAUGUAGUUUUUGAGAUUCUGCCGCCAUUGGACAAGUGUGUUGGAAGGCCAGAAGGCUACCUUGAACCUGUCGAGAACAAUGAAGCUGUUCUUCAAGGUUAUAUGAAGUCGUGGGUUUCUGGUCCGCUAGAUCGAUCUGCAACCAGGGGGUCAAUGGUGUUUGCUCUUGUUCUACACCAUCUUUCAUCUUUUAUCUUCCUACCUUGUGCCAAGGAUCGUAUAGUUCUCAGGAACAAGCUUGCUCAGUCUCUCAUCCGUGACUGCUCACAGAAACCAAAACAUGAGCUAUGAUGAUGGAGCUGAUACAGUAUAACUACCCAUCAACAUCUCCCUUGCCAGAGACACCGGAUGAUGAUCAGAACGAUGAGGACCGUCGAUUCAAGAAAAGAUUCGAGAUGCUUGCAGAUGCCUGUGAUUCAAACUCCUAUCUGCUCUCUGUAUUGGAGAAGCUGAAGUCUGCUUUUGCUAAGAAACGGAUUCCUUCCAGCUAGUUAUCCCCAGACACAACCGCAGUCCAUCCAGGUAACAGUAAGUUAAAGGGAUUCAGUAUUCACCUCAAUGUAAAGAGAAGAGAAAACAGUAGGCUGAUAUGAUUUAGGAUCCAAAUCAAAUCCAAGAACUGUUAGGUAUUAGCGAAAGUGUGGUAGAAUAUAUGAUCAACGCAAAGAAAAUAUUUGGAUUCCUCUCAACUUACAAACUCACUCAAACAAACGAGGCCUUAACUUUGACACUUGUUAUUACAAAGAUAAACACCCUUUCUUUUCUUUUUAGUUCCCUCUUCUGGCACCUUUCUUCUUCCCAUACAUACAUACUUAUAUUGCAAUGGAAAAGACAAACUAAUAAAUAUUAUUGGCCCUUUAUCUCCUUAUCCCACAGGUACAACCAUUAUUGGUGGUUAUGCCUUCUUUUCAUCGUGUACAAUUGUAACCACCACCUCCACUCAACAAGUUGAGGAUUUCUUAAAAUGCAAAGCCUGAACUAGUGGAAACUUGGGGAAAGACAGAGUAACCAAAAAGAAAAAUGACAGAACUGAAAGUAGAGCAAGAGCUAGAUGAAGAGGCAGCAGCUGGAGUCGAGAUAUGGAGCUAUGUCUUCGGUUUCACGAAGAUGGCGGUGGUGAAAUGCGCCAUCGAGCUCGGCAUAGCCGAGGCGAUCGAGGACCAUACAGGAGACUCCCCAUUAUCACUGGGCCAACUCUCGUCCGUUCUGGGCUGUGACCAGCGAUCCCUGUCACGAAUCAUGCGGUUCCUGACCCACCACCGCAUCUUCGAGGAGAAGCUAGCGGACAAUGGCACGAUGGUGGGCUAUGUUCAGACGCCCCUCUCCCGUCGCCUGAUCAGGCGACGGGAGGGGGACAGGAGCAACAGCAUGGCCGACUUGCUCCUCAUGGAGGGAAGUCGCGUCAUGCUGGAAUCAUGGCUCUUCCUGAGCUCUCGAGUCCGAGAUGGCUCCAUCGCGCCUGCAUUCGAGCAGGCGCACGGAGAGGACGUGUGGAAGCACGCCGAGGCCAAUCCGGGCCUCGGCAGGCUGAUAGACGAUGCCAUGGCUUGUAAUGCUCGGCUGGCUGUGCCAGCCAUUGUCGAGGGCUGCCCUGGCUUGCUCGAUGGGGUUGAGACCAUGGUGGAUGUUGGGGGAGGGAAUGGAACUACUCUACGAUUGUUCGUCGAAGCUUGCCCCUGGAUUCGUGGGAUCAACUUCGAUCUCCCUCAUGUUGUCUCUGUGGCACCAGAAUCCAAAGGUGUGACACAUGUUGGUGGCGACAUGUUUCAGAGUGUUCCCAAAGCUGAUGCUGCCUUCCUCAUGCUAGUUCUGCACGAUUGGAGCGACGAAGAGUGCAUCCAGAUACUGAAGAAUUGCAGAGCAGCCAUUGCAGAGGGCAACAAGCAGGGGAAAGUGAUCAUAGCCGAAGGAGUGGUGGAUCGAGAGAGAGAUGGGAAGCUUGAACAUGUUCGGCUGAUGUUUGACAUGGUGAUGAUGGCUCAUACGAACAGUGGCAAAGAGAGAACGUUGAAGGAAUGGGAGUAUGUUCUUAAUCAAGCCGGGUUCAGCCGGUUCUCCGUGACGCCCAUCAAGGCGGUUCAAUCGGUCAUUCAAGCCUUCCCCUGAAACUGGAAUACAUGAAUAAAUUAAGUGUUUGUAGUUGUAAUUUGAUGCUUAAUUACUAAUUAGUGAUUUCUUCAUAAGCAUGGCUCGUGUUGUGGAAGCCAUUGUCAUGGCGUUUUGCUUGUUGUUAAUGGUGCUUUCAUGGAGGUUCCCCGCC